AUGGAGAUGGAUAUGGCUAAUUUGAGAGAGGAGUUCAGAGACUUGAGGAAGAAGUGUCGAGAGAUUAAGAUAGAAAAUAGGAAGCUGAUAUCGAUAGCGUCCAAGCCAAAAACCUACAGUAUAAGAGAAGAAGAGAUUGGUGCUGAAGUGAGCGAUGAGGAUGAGGAUGAUUCUGAGAUUAUCAAACUGUUGACAAAACCACUGCGGGAGUUCGAAACAGAAGCGCAUGUUGCCGAGAAUAAAGAAGAUAUUGACAGAUUAACGUACAACAAGGAAGUUAUGUCACUUGGGAAACGAGAAAAGAGAGAUGUGGAAUCGCUAGUUUCUGAAAUGAAUAGAAUCAGUGACGAACGUUAUAAGAAGGGAGCUCAGAAGAGAAGAAGGCUCAAAGAUACUGAGAGAGGGUUCAUAAAUGAACAAAAUAAAGCAUUCAAUCUUAGAUUGGAGAAGGAGAAGGAGAAUGGGAAGAAAUGA